AUGUGGAUGGUAGUCAGCGAAGACCCGGCGGGUCGCAUUCGUUACCAGUAUCACAAUCUUCAGAAUCAGACGCAGCCACCGCCGCCGCCGCCGCCACCUCCCCAUAUGUACCAUCACUAUCAGAGUCAAAGGUACGGACGUGGUGGCUGCUAUCGAUUCCCGGACCCGAUGAGUCGAGCGUCGCCGUCACCGCAAACGCCCAGCCAUCACUAUUAUCAGGAGCUUGAGCAGUAUGACAACGUUAACGAUGACUCGUCAACGAGUAGCUCGGCUGAGUACCAGGAGCCGGUUUACUCGACGGCAAGAUAUCCGGCGGUGGCGAGUCGACAGAAUUUCACAAGAUGCUACGUGCCGGUUGCCAGCGACGCAUUCUAUUACUAUCAUGAGCGUCAGCAGCGUGAGCCGAGCCCCGACUACUCGCCGCCGCUCUCCCGGCAUCGCGUCAGGUUCCAAUUGCCUGACGAUCCCGUCUCGAAAGGAGAGUUUGUGAGUAGCAUCUACGAAGACGCCGACUAUUACGCCAGCGUUUCGCUAAAUCCCGAUCCGCCGGCGAUGCUUGUGCAUCGCUCGAACGCCGGAGUGUCAGUGAUGGUGCCGCCGACGCCGACGCCGAAACGGGACGAUGCGAUCUAUUCGGCAGGUAGCGACAGCGCCGAGAGCAGCAGCGCGACACCGUCAUCGAUUGAAGCGUCGACACCGCCGCCGAUACCGCCGCAUCCGCCGGCGCGCCAUCGCAUUCAGCGAAGGAAAGAGCAUGGUUCGUGUGCACUUGUUGGAAUUCCGUCGACGCCACCGAAUCGUGGAAUCGAUUCGAAUCAGGGCUAUGGUGGUCGAAUGCGUGGCGGCCCCCCGAUGGCGGUGGCGACGAGCCAAGGAAUCACACCGAUUGGUACGAUGGCGGCGCCGCAUAGUGUAAUUCAGACAGAUAAUUCGAACAGUGGAGGUGGCGGCUGGUUCCGCAACAAUAAAAAGAAGAAGGAUAAGAAGGUGAAGAUUAAGAAGGAAGAUAUCUCGAACCCUACUAAUUUUCAACAUAAGGCUCACGUUGGUUGGGAUCAGGAUAGUGGAUUCUCGAACAAAGUUUAUGAUGAUGACAUGGAUGAGGCCACCAAGAAUAUUCUAAAAUUUGCCGGAGUCGAAAGCAACAAAUUGGAUCCGUCCGAGCAGCGAUUCGUCAAGAAAUUCAUCGCCAAAAACUACGACAAAUACAUUUCGGCAUCCGUGUUUGACAACACGACGACGAUCUCGUCGCCGAUGCCAACUCAUCAGUCGCAGCAGCCGCUGAAUGCGUGGAACUCGACGCCGUCACGUCCGACACUCCCAAUAUCGGCGCCGGUGACCGCUUCGCCGGCACCGCCGCCGCCGCCGGCGCGUGUUGAGUCUCACGGUGUUGCACCGGCGCGUCCACCUCCGCCACCGCCGUCGACGACGCGCGGUCAGGCGCCGAGUCGUCCGUUGCCGCAAGCGCCAUCGCCGGAUUCUCUUUCGCGUCCACAUGGUGUGCCGCCACCACCACCACCGCCGCCGCCACCGGCACCAGCUCCCCCAAUGCCAUCUGGUGGUGUGAUUCCGCCAAUUUCGGGUGGAGCUCCACCACCGCCGCCGCCUCCACCGCCACCGCCGAUGCCAUCGAGUGGUGGAGGUGGUGUGUCGGCGAACUUGCCACCACCGCAGCCAGGAAGAGCGAAUUUAUUGGCGGAAAUUCAAGCUGGCAAACAACUGAAAUCAGUAUCCAACAAUUCAUCGGCAUCGACUUCUGGAAAUGGAGAUGCUCGAGGAAAUAUGAUGGCUCAAAUUCGCCAGGGAGCACAGCUCAAACAUGUUGAUGCCGAAGCGGAACAAGAGCGUCGAAAGAGCACCGCAGCUGGUGUCGGCGGAAUGGGCGGCCUCGCUGGAGCGCUGGCAAAGGCCCUUGAGGAACGUCGCAUGAACAUGGGAAUUGAUGAUUCGAGCGAUGAUGAUGAAGAUGAGGAUGAUAAAAAUGAGUGGUCCGACUAG